AUGGAUCUGAUGAACAGAGUGUUCAACGAUGAUAUUCUGGUCUACUCUCAGAGAGAGGCAGAGCACGAGCAACAUCUCUUGUUGGCACUUCAGAGGUCGAGGGAGCACAGAUUGUGUGCUAAGUUCAAGAAGUGCGAGUUUUGGUUACCUCAGGCAACGUUUCUUGGUCUCAUGGUUAGUUUAGAUGAGAAUAAGGUUGAUUUGGAAUUGAUUGAGGCAGAAAGAGAUUGGCCAAGGCCAAGGAGUGUUUCGGAGAUCAGAAGUUUGCUUGGGUUGGUAGAAUACUAUUGGGGUUUUGUUGAAGGAGUCUCCAGAAUUUCAUACCCUUGA